CCAACCUCUUUUCCUCAUCACCCUCACUUCUCUCACACCCUUCUUCAUCAUCGCCCAGCAUCUCUUCUUUCCUGCGCAUGUAGCGCCAUCAACUGUAAUUCUUUUUAGAUCGGACAAACACUUAUCUCGCCCUUGAACGAUAGAUUUCUCGCUCUAGCUGCCCACCCAGGAAAAUUGAGAGGCGUCUUGCCACUCAGACUGUAGAAGUCUGCUGCGCGUCGCGGUGCUUUGAAAAGGAGCAAGAUAAGACUCUCUCAAACCUGAACGUCGCGUCAUCUUCGCGUCAUCUUCACCUCAUCUGCUCGUCGAGUUUGAUAGACCUCUUGGAGACUUAAAGAAGCUACUGCACAUCGGACUAGUUCAACUGGAGGUUUUCUCUGCUUCGACUUAGUCACACCAGUCGACAUAGCCAGAUCAAGUCUGUCGCGAUCACGUUGACUCGACGUCGUAGGACAGAUCUAUCCGUUCCUUCAUCAUGUCGUCUGCAGUAGCAGAGCUGGAUUCAAUCCUGCAGUCCAUGCUUAACCUCAAACCCCCAGGAGUGUCAGGUUCCAAAAUCACAGCAAUCACAUCUCUUUGCACGGCCAACAUCCAAUCCGAGUCGGUCCUCAUCCAGAAAAUCUACACUCACUUUAAAAAGACGCCGGGAACACACAAGCUAGGAGUUCUGUAUGUUGUAGACUCAGUAACGCGACAAUGGGUAGACCAAGCCCGCAAGGCUGGUCAGCAAAUUGGUAGCGGAGCAUCAGAUGGAACAUUCGCUGCCGGCGUGAAUCGAGUGACUGAAUUGCUUCCCGUGCUCAUGAACGAUAUCAUUACCACGGCCCCUGAAGAUCAAAAGGUCAAAAUCAACAAACUCCUAGAAAUCUGGGAUCGCUCACAAACAUUUCCCGCGCCACUGCUUUCCUCAUUGAAAGAAAAACUGAAUGCACCGCGAGUUUCCACCACCCCCGAAGGCUCCCCAGCCCCCGGUUUCGUCCCUCUGGGUCAGCAACAAGCAGCAACAGCCAUGUCCAAUACACAGCCUUCAGCAGCGCCAGCUCAGCAAGACACCUCUGCCAUACUCGAGGCCCUCAAAAACAUGGCAAAGCAAAAUGCUGCCGCGCCACAGCCCACUGCUGCACCCGCACCAGCUAGUUUGAGUAGUCUCUUAGGCGCGCAAAACGGGACUUCUCUGCCGACCAGUACCGUAAACCAAAGCCCAGGUCCCGCUGGUGCCAGUGUACCAGGUGUAAACCCUCUGGGAGCUUUGCUUGCAGGAAUGAAUAAUGGUGCUCAAAGCCAGAGUCCUGCCAAUGUGCCGCAGAACCCACUUGCUGCCUUUCUUCCUCAGCCACAAGCUUCUGUCCCGAUGCCUCAGAAUCCUGCUCCUAUAAAUCCAGACAUCCAGGCUCAGAUGCAGCUCGUACAGCUCCUGGCUGCUCAAGGUGUUCCCCCUGAUCAAUGGGCGACAGCGCUUCAAUUGUUGAAUAUGCAGAAUGCAGGUGGCGGUGCCAAUGCGAUGCCAUUCCAGCCCCCAAUGCAAACCAACAAUUGGCCUGCUCCAAAUGGUGCUCAGUCACGUGAUGCCCACACCCGAUCUCCUCCGGGCCAGUAUCGGCGUCGCUCACGCUCGCCUGGCUAUGACAGAAGACGAGAGUUGUCUCCUAGACGCCAUCGGGAUAGCCCAGGGCCUGAUCAAUAUCGUGACCGUGAUGGACGACGUGGUAACGAUUAUCGCCAACGAAGUCCCGGUAGAAGACGACGGUCCCCGAGUCCUCAGGCUCACGAUGCUAGUCUUCCCCCACCUGGACCUAAGAAUGUCACGUUCGAUCGAAGCUUGCCUAAGGGGCACAUCAAAGUUUUCAGUCGAACGCUCUUUGUGGGAGGCGUAACUACAGGCGAGGCUUCCUUGAGACAAGUCUUUGGCCGCUUUGGGAUCGUCCAAACAUGCAUCGUCAACAUUGACAAACGACAUGCCUUUAUCAAGAUGAUUAAUCGCCACGAUGCAGAAGCUGCCCGACAUGGUAUGGAAGAAUACAAGCUGGGCGACUCUCAGCUCCGCACCAAAUGGGGUGUCGGAUUUGGACCACGUGACUGCAGCGACUAUUCGACCGGCGUCAGUAUUAUUCCUAUUGAACGUCUAACGGAAGCCGAUCGAAAGUGGAUGGUCAAUGCUGAGUACGGUGGCACGGGAGGUGACCCUAUUCAAGAAUACAUGGUUGUCGAAGAACCAGACAUUGAAAUCGGAGCUGGCGUGUCCUCUAAAGCGAUGAGUCGACGUAUUCCCACCGACUCGGGUGGUCGACGGGGCCCUCAGUCAUCUCGUCAACACGGUGGUCGUGAUGAAAGACGUCGCGACGACGAUCGACGAAUCGACAGAGAUGAUCAGGUUGAAUCCAACAGUAAUACUGGUGUCGUGCCCCCAAUGGGCUUCCCUAUGAACUUCGGAAAUGGCAUGCCCAUGUUCCCGCCAGGUUUCCAAUUUCCGGGUAUCCAACAGAAUCAACAGGAAUAGAGUAUGCCAGGGAAAAAACCGGAGGAGAGAACAUGACAUGAGAUACAUUACACUUCGAUUGAUACCCUGUACAGAAUUGAUACUUGCAUGGGCGGCGUUCAUCAAUGGUGGAAAGCGGCGAUCUACGAACAGUCAUCAUGACCUCGUCGUGGAUCUUUACUUGUAAAUGACAUUGAGGAUUCCAACAUUUCUCGAAGGUUACUGUUUUGUUUUGCCGAUGAGCACGACAGCAGCAGAGGUUUGGACUCUCCGUGUUCAAGUAGGGCCAGCGUGCUGUGAAUAACAGUACCAGAACCGUUUGCAAAUUCAUAGCAUAAGCAUAUGCUGCAUUUUCCUUU